AUGUCAGUGCUAUCUUUUCUCUUGCCAUUCUCGGUCCUUAUGUCGCUUAUGGUAUUCCCAUCGCUGCGAAACUCAUAUGGGGAAAAGACAAUUUUAUUCCCGGACCAUGGCGCUGUAUGGGCAUUCGCGACUGCCUAUUGGUUCUUCCCAAAAAUUGGCGGAAAGACAUUCUUCCGUGGCCCUAUCACCUCUGAUGCUAGCUUCUCCCAUGAAUUUCCCUUUGUUGAAUCAGUCGAUGAUGAUACUAAGAAAGGUGGAAAUAGAGCAAAUCAGGAUGAAGGUACCGUGUCACGUGUCAGAUCCAUCGAGUUGUAG